ACUUGCAGGACUUUUGUAAUCCGAAAUUAUGAGCACGACAUUUGGGAAAUGGAUAAUAUUUUCGUUUACAUGCUCGAAUCCUGAAGUGUUUUCAGAUUGUUUCGGUUGCAAAAAUUAACAAUUCUGAAGGUUGGACGAAACGAGUGAAAUGGCUGUAUUAGGUCAUCAUAUACUUGCUUCACUGUUUCUUUUCUUUUUCCUGACCAAAAUUCGCAAGAGAUUUUCACUGGUCGAGAUUAUCCUCUGUAACGGGCUGCAGCGUUAUUUACCACCAUCAAAUGCUGCUUUAAAACAAGCAUCCCACUCCCAUUUUACACGUCCAAUGAAAAAUCGGAAGCGUAAACAUCCACGUGAUGAAGAAUCUGAUGCUCUCGUGCCAAAAAAGGUGGAAUUGGACUUGAUGUCAGUUCCGGUGGAUAUCGCUGAUCUACAACGUUUGCAAUUUUACGAAACAUUUAUGUGGUCUGCAGAAUUUCUCGGCUUUACUUUGGUAUCUUAUAUCACAAGCGAAUUCAUAUGCCUUAUCUUCCCCAACAAUACGGAUUUUAAUAUUUCCAUUAUAUGGUUACUCCUCUCGGUAUUCUUCCUACUUCAGGCACUGACUUUAGUAGCAGCUACAUACUUUACAAGUAACGUUGCCAUUGGAGAAAGAAAUUUGGUCAUUUCAAUAGCGUCUUUAUUUUUCUUGUUCUCAUUAAUAUUAAUCAUGUUCGCUGAACGUCUCUUUGAUAUGCCCUUGAACGAAGCAUUCGAUUCACUGAAGAAUGCAACGGCAAAAUUUAUGGCGGAGAGUCGAGUUCCAGACUAUAUGUCUCAACAUUCGCCACUUCUCUUUUUUAUCUCUUUGGCUGUCAUGCUGGCAUUUUUUGCUGCUCUGCUUGUUUUUCCCGGUUUUAGGUAUGCGCGUAUGUAUUCCGAUGUCGUUAAAGGUGCUGAAAGACCGCUUGAUAGGAUGUUGUAUCACCUUACUUUUAUGUCACAAUUUUUGGCAUUGUUUUUAUACUCUCACCCUGCAAAGAACUACCUGGUUUAUGGACCUAAACGGUUACUGAAUGAAUCUCAGAUGGAUACCGUGCGUAUAUACAUCGUUAUUCUAACUGCAUUGUUACGCCUUUUCCUAUAUCGUCCUCAUCUGCAAUCAUUUUUGGAUCAGUCUCUGAUUGCUCUUUCUAAAAUUCACCGUGAAAGUGGUUGGAUCAAAACAUCAGAACUGCAAAUGAAGAUACAGCGCUAUUUUUAUUUUUUCAAUGUUGCUGCUUUGCAUUAUUUCGUGCCACCUCUUCUACCCGUUCUUUAUGCUUUGAUAUUGAAAACAACAUGUGGUAUUUCAUGGACUGGAGUGAGUCACGAAGCUAUUCAUUCACAUAUGCUGUCUACUCUUCCUGCAGGUUCAUUGCGGGCGUUACUGAAUGCCACCGUGCACCGAGGAUUGUGGUCAAUCUUAAUUGUUGCAUCACUUGGGACUAAUGCAGCUUUCGCUCUCAUGGGCCUUAUUUAUGCGCAUCGUUUCGAAUGGUCAUAAUGCUACUGCGCAACAUUAAUGAGCAUUUCUACUAAUUUUCAUAUUGAACCAAAGUUUUUCUCUCAUAGUACUAGACUGCAGUAUGUAUUAUGGUAUUUUUACAGAUACCAUCAAGAGCUGUCUGUAUGACUUACGAGAUUAUGUCAUGAGAUUAUGUUAUUAAUCCAACGUGUUUAUAUUAAUCAAUUAUCGGUUUGAGGAGAUUCAUCGAUAUAUGCA